CACACGUCGAUUUCUGAGAGCAAUAUGCUAUACCAGUUUUCUCUUUCUGCUUAUUCAAGUGGCAUUUCAGAUCAUGUUUCAUUAUGUCCCACCAGAUGACUACAUAUGGGAGGAAGUUAUUUGGCACUUAGGAUUCGUAAGAAUGAGCAAUGUUGAUGCUUGGAAUGUUAUCCGAAUUUUGAGCCCAGAUAUUGGAAUGUUUAUCACCGGAAAUGUAAUGAUCUGCCUGUGCAAAAAACUGGUGAAACCUCAAGUGCCAAGAGUUACAACAAAAACCGAUCAAUCCAUGGAAGAAGAUGAGGAAGAAGAGAGUGAAACAGAAGACAGUGGAGAAGAACUGGACCUUACAGAUGAAGAUAUUACAGAAGAUAUAGAUGAAACAACUAAAGAGGAGAAGCCCAGUUUUAUACAGAAAAUACUGGUUUUCAUGGCAGGCUUAAAGGUCAUUUUUGGUGCAAUCUUUACAACAGCUGGGAAGGUCGUAGCCACAAUAAUGUUAGGUUUAGCAGGUAUCACCAUACCAUCACUGACCUCAGGAGUAUAUUUCUUCACCUUCCUUGGCAUUUGUUCCUGGUGGGCCUGCUAUCGCAUGUUCAGUACAAUUGUCUUCAGCAGUCUGUGCGUAAUGAUGGCUAUAUUCAGUGCUGGGCACCUGAUUGGAAUCUACCUUUAUCAGCUGCACUACUUCCAGAUUCUGCUUCCACAUGAGGAUAUCUAUGCCAGGUUGUUUGGUAUGACUGCCUUUAUCAGGACUAAUGACACAGAGCACUGGAAGCUGUGCAUGCACUCUGGAGUGACGUGGCCUGUCCUUGUAAAUCCCUUCCUGCUCUUAGCGCUCUUCUACACCCUGGUAAUGCUGCUUCAGCAGUGGGAGCAACAAGAACAGAACCAAGAGAAAGACAGCAUAAAUGAGAUCCCACUUCAAACCAUGCAACAAGCUGAUCUAGAAAAUGAGCUGUGGUCACCAGGAUAUGACACAGAAAAGCAAAUACUGUAUGUAGCAAAUGAAAACUGGCCUAAUCUACCUCUUUUAAAUGGUGAACCCUCAAAGAAGCUUCCUUAUUAUAAAGAUACAGUAUUUUCCAGUGUGUCACAUGACACAGAGGACACAUCAGAAAGAAAUACACUGACAAAUAACGCUGAGAAGGAACUGGAGGAUAAGCCAAGUGGUUUGAUACUUUUUGGUCAAUUUAUAAUGAAGCAGAGUUAUGUCAGCGGGCUAAUCAUCAUGAUGGUAUGGAGUAUCACAUACAACAGCUGGCUCACCUUUGUUCUACUGAUUUGGUCUUGUGUGAUUUGGAUGAUUCGAGACCGACGACACUACGCAAUGAUAAGUGCUCCAUUUCUGGCUGCAUAUGGAAAUCUUCUGGUGACAAUGGAUUUUUUUGUAGGAUUAAAGGUUACCCAAGAAGAGCUAUUUCCUGGUGUGCCAACUGCAGUCCUAAUUGAUUUUGAUCUCAGACGAUAUUCUACACCCUGUGUACACCUUGCAGCUAAGCUAUUCUAUGCAUUUACAUUUUGGUUACUUUUGAGACAACAACAGACUGAACAGCAUGAGCUGUCCAAAGGUCAAGAGGAGGAGCUUAAAGCAAUUGCUGUGGAGGAACCAGGUGCCAGCCAGCAUGAUGAGACUCUGAUUGAAAUUCUCGGCUCCUUAGUGAAAGGAUUAUUGGUGAAAUACUGGAUCUAUUUUUGCUGCGCUAUGUUUUUCAUAGUUAGCUUUAAUGGCAAAGUUGUGGUUUACAAAAUUCUCUACAUCAUGCUGUUUCUCUUCUGUGUGGUACUGUAUCAGGUACACUACAACUGCUGGAGAAGGAUUCUGAAGUAUUUCUGGGUUGCUGUGGUCUCAUAUUCCAUGGUUGUUCUCAUAGCGGUCUAUGUUUAUCAGUUCAGAACCGUUUCGGGUGUUUUCCUUCAAAUCUUGGGAAUGUCUGAGGAAGGGAUGAAUGAUUUGGGUCUGGAACAGUUUGACACCGUAGAGCUUUUUGCUAGGAUUCUACUACCAUCCGCAUUCCUUUUAGCUUGCAUCCUUCAGCUGCACUACUUUAAUGAAGACUUCCUAAAGCUAACAGACCUGGCAAAUGUUCCUGUCAAAGAAGGAUGUACCAUUUACAGCUAUGAGAAAAUAGAGCAUCGCGUCUUCAUUCUGGCUAAUGUAAUCAAAGAAAACAUAGAGAAACUCCAGAACAGGAUUGCAGUAGAUCAACAGUUACCUACAAGGCAAAACACUCUUGAAAGGCUCGACAACAUAUCGCUGGAGGAAAACCUUCAAAAAGAUAAACAUAAGUAUUCAGAUAGGGGAAGUAACAAAUGGAUAACUCUGAUUGACCGACUAGUAGCAGUUUUUCUGAAAAGUAUGGAAACUGUUCACUACGCCCAGUUGUUGUUGUGGCGGAUUCUAGAACUUCACAUUCUUAAGAUCGUUUCCACCUGGGUCAUUUGGAUCACACUUCAGGAGGUAUCCUUAAUGAAUUAUGUUUUUCUAAUUCUGUGGGUCUUUGCUCUGCCGAUUUCUAAGCUCCGUCCAUAUGCAUCAAGCAUAUCGAUGGUGUGGUCAUGUGUGAUGAUCACAUGUAAAAUGAUGUACCAGCUGAAGUUCGUCAAACCCUAUGAGUAUUCUUCUAACUGCACAGCGCAUCUAUCAUUUAACACAACUCAGAGUGGCUACUACUUCAAUGAAUUACAGAAGAAAUCCAUAUUAUACAGUGUGCCUAUUGAUCCAGCAGAAUGGUGUGGAGGACUGAAAAAGUGUGAAGACAAUGUUUUACCCUGUCUGAAGAACCAUCUUAUCAUACUGGGACUUAUGGCCUUUGAAGUGACCGUAUAUCGUCACCAGCUGUACUACAGACUCCAUAACCAAAUACAGCUGCCACUCAUGGGCUGUAUAUUUGAAGAAAUAACGCGGCAGCAUCUUGAUGAUGGCUUGUUACAAUGUAUCAAGUACUUCGUAAAUUAUUUCUUCUACAAGUUUGGCUUGGAGAUGUGUUUUGUUAUUGCUGUUAAUGUCAUUGGACAACGUAUGGAUUUCUAUGCAGUCAUCCAUGCCUGUUGCUUAAUAGCUAUAUUGCAUCGCAGAAGAAGGAAAUCCAUCGCAGAGAUCUGGCCUCAGUACUGUUAUCUGAUUGCAAGCCUAAUGACCUUUCAGUAUCUACUGUGCAUUGGAAUUCCUCCUGCAUUCUGUAAAGAUUAUCCAUGGAGAUCCUCCAGUACAGCAGUGAGCUCUAAUCUUAUUAAGUGGCUGUAUCUGCCCGAUUUUGCCAUGAAACCAAACCCCACUUUUAUAAUCUAUGACCAUAUGCUCCUCUUGGCUGCUUCCUUACAAAUGAAGGUGUUUGAAGAGGAAAACAAAGCUGCCAUAAGGCUGUUGGCUGGAGACAACACUGAAAUCAGCCACAGUCUGGAUACCAAAUCUCUUAGUCAGUUCAUUAGUGUACCCAGUUUUCUUCAUUGCAGGUCUUACUUGGAUAUGGCUAAAGUGGCUGUUUUUGGCUACCUGUUUUGGUUUGUACUGUGUCUUAUAUUUAUCACUGGAACAACACGGAUCAACAUUUUCUGCAUGGGAUACCUGAUGGCGUGCUUCUACUUUAUGUUGUUUGGAGGAAGCCUUUUCUUAAAACCAGUCAAACACAUAUUGAGGCUGUGGGACUAUUUGAUUGCCUACACUAUAUUUGUCAUAACGAUGAAGAAUAUUUUGUCUCUUGGAGCCUGUGUCUAUCUAGCUAAACUGCUAAAAAACAGUUGCUGGCUGGUGCAGACGUUUGGACUCUUCUGUACAAUCAAGGGCUAUGAAUUAUCUUUUCCGGAGGAGGUUACGGGAAAGUGUGAGCUGCCGAAGGAUGAAGCAGGAAUAGUGUGGGAUGCCAUCUGUUUUACUUUCCUGCUUGCUCAGAGACGAGUCUUCACCAGCUAUUAUUUCCUUUAUGUAAUGGCAGAUCUUAAGGCGUCCAAGAUACUUGCAUCUAGGGGUGCAGAGCUGUUUGAAGCAAAAGUGAAGAAAAUUGUGGCCGCGCGUCUUGAACAAGAAAAGAAAUCAGUAGAAGCCAUGAAGAAACAGAUGGAAGGAAUAAGACUGAAACAGAGGAAACUUCAGACUGUCAAGCAAGAUUCACAGAACACCGAAAGCACAAAUGAGGCAUCUGUCACCGCAGUGCAAGACAAAGACCCACAAUCUGAGGGAAGAGAUAUGGGAGAAAAAUCCAGCAAGAAGAAGUGGUGGCAGCCAUGGGUAAACCAUACUUCAAUGAUACGGAGUGGCAGCUACUACCUGUUUGAGACUGACAGUGAAGAUGAGGAAGAAGAAGAGCAUGAAGAAAAGAAAGAGAAUGAGCCGACACAGAAGAAGACAGCUUUCCAGUUGGCAUAUGAAGCCUGGAUGACAAGCUCUAAGGCUGCCUUAAAAGUGAGACGGAAGGAAGAAACUAUAAUAAAGAAAGAACAGAAAAAGCAAGAGAAAGAAGAAAGAAGACAGCAGGCAGCUCGAAAAGGCAUUGUGAGAGCAGAAUCCAGUGAGGAUGAAUUGGAGCCCUCCAGCACAGAGGAAGGAAAUGUAGAAGAGUCUGAGUCUCUCUUCCAAAGGGUACUCAAUAUCAUCAAGUUCACAUGGGUCUUCAUCCAGGCUCUGCUCGAUGACCUUAUUGGUGCUUUAAAUUCACUUUGCAAACAUCACCUCGAUAUUGCCACUGUCUUGAAGAUGGAGAGGUGGAUUUUGGGAACAGAACUUAGAAAGGGAAAAGUUGCUUCCCAAGACAGUAUACGCCAGUUUUAUAAUGUGCGACUCAACAAGCAAAUGACUGAGUCAGGCUACAGUGAAGGAGAUAUAGUGGACAGCAUUAAAGGCACUCCAGUCCGUGGUACACUCUCAACCUACCAGAUGUUCCACAGCCUUGAAUCAAAACUGUCCCAAGACAGUAAUGUAUCCAGUUGCAACACAGAAGUCAUAACACUUGGUUCAAGAGAAACAAUUGAUGAAGAUAUAGAUGACCAGGUCAUCCCCAAAGUCAAAGACCACCUGAAAAAGAGACUGCUUCGUAUGGAGAAUAUUGAUUUGUCAUCAUUUGAAAGCUCCGUUGGAAUUUCAAGAGUUCCUGCUGAAGUCACUGACGAAGACAGAGAUGAUGAAGAGCGGGAGAUCGCUUGUAUGGAGAUUCCUCCAUCUUACAGUGCAGUGUUGUCCAGUUCUGAGCAUGUCUCUUCAGACACUGAUGGUGAUCAGGCUGAAUCAGUACGGCCAAAGACCAAAAUGGCAAAAGACGCAGGCAUGCCACUUGGUGUUGCUUCAAGCACAUUGACAGCUAGUGAGCUGCUAUUAAACAAGAUAGUUCAAGACGAUGAACUGGAGCAGUCUGAGAAGUUUUCCCAGACCCUCCCACGACCCUUGAAGUUGGGCUUUGCACUUUAUAACACAAUGGUGUCGCGGUCUGAAAUGCUGUGCUACUUUGUUAUCAUCCUGAACCACGUGGUGUCAGCCUCAAUCCUUACUCUCGUUCUGCCCAUCCUUAUUUUCCUGUGGGCCAUGCUAUCUGUUCCCAGGCCAACAAAGCGUUUCUGGAUGACGGCAAUUCUAUACACAGAGAUAACCGUCUUUGUCAAGUACUUUUUUCAGUUUGGGUUUUUCCCCUGGACAACCAAGUUUUAUCGUGGGAUCAAUGCAGAUAGGCCAUUUGCUCUGCCAAAUAUUGUAGGCAUUGAGAAAAAGGACGGCUAUGUGCACUUUGACCUUGUUCAGCUGUUGGCAUUAUUCUUCCAUAGGUCUAUCCUAAAGUGUCAUGGACUCUGGGAUGACAAAGACCUCACUGUGCCACCCUCCAUGAAAAAGAAAAUGAAGAAUAAGAAAAAGGUUCACUCAGAAAAUGAAGAGGAUGAGGAAAAUCCCUCCAUUGUGGCAAGAUGGCAUUUACCUCAACACCCCUUAGGUUCCAAGAGUCUUUUCCAUAGAAGAAGGGGGAAGGAAGAAUCUUGUAAAACAGGCAAAAUCUCAAAGAAGAAAUCCGAAAAAAAGCACUUAUCUGGGAAACCAAAAAAGUCCAGGAAGAAGAUUAUUAAAGAGAAAAUAAAACAAGCAUCCCAAAAGGUUAAAAGACUGGCCAAGAAAAUAGCACUUCAGAUAUAUCUUCCAAUCAGACAGUUCUUCUAUGACAUAAUUCACCCCGAGUACAGCCCCGUAUGCGAUGUGUAUGCACUGAUGUUUUUGGCGGAUGUUAUUAACUUCAUUAUCGUUAUCUUUGGCUACUGGGCAUUUGGGAAACACUCUGCAGCUGCUGACAUCACAGAGUCCCUUUCUGAAGAUCAGGUUCCAGAGGCAUUUCUUGUAAUGCUGUUGAUCCAGUUUGGCACUAUGAUAGUGGACCGUGCUAUCUACCUUCGCAAAACCAUGUUUGGGAAAUGUGUUUUUCAAGUUGUGCUGGUGUUCGGAAUUCAUUUCUGGAUGUUUUUUAUUCUACCUGGAGUAACUGAAAGGCGUUUCAACAAGAACCAUGUCGCACAACUCUGGUAUUUUGUGAAAUGUGUUUAUUUUGGACUCUCCGCCUACCAGAUCAAAUGUGGUUACCCAAACCGGGUCCUUGGCAAUUUUCUGACAAAAAGUUACAAUUACAUCAAUCUUUUUCUCUUCCAAGGGUUCCGUCUUGUUCCUUUCUUGACUGAACUAAGAGCGGUUAUGGAUUGGGUCUGGACAGACACCACACUCAGUCUCUCCAGUUGGAUUUGUGUAGAAGACAUCUAUGCAAAUAUUUUCAUCAUGAAAUGUUGGAGAGAGUCUGAAAAGAAAUACCCCCAGCCUUCUGGACAGAAGAAAAAAAUGAUUGUCAAGUAUGGCAUGGGCGGCCUUAUCAUCUUCUCCUUGAUCUGUAUUGUGUGGUUCCCAUUGCUGUUCAUGUCCUUGGUAAAGUCAGUAGCCGGUGUAACCAACCAACCCUUGGAUGUGUCUAUCAAACUGAGCAUCAGUGGAUAUGAGCCACUUUUUACAAUGAGUGCCCAGCAACAAAAUCUGCUGCCGUAUUCUCAAGCCCAGUAUAAUCAUUUAACCAACCGGUAUGCUGUCCACCCUUCUGCAAUGCAGUUUCUUGUGAACUAUAUGCCGGAAGAUAUCGUUACUGCAAAAAUAAAAAGUGAUGCCAGUUUGUUGUGGAGCAUUAGUCCUGCCAGUCGACAAAAUAUGGUUGAAGAACUAUCCAACUCUUCUCGCAUUUACAUAACUUUAUACUGGACUAUACUCAGGAAUGCUUCUCUGGUUGCUAAUGCUGAAGUGACUGGCAAGUAUACAAUGUGCUACGAAGACAAAGAAGUUAAGGAUCAAAUCAUAGAAACGAUUAAGGGAACAAGGAAAGAACCUGUAUUACUUCACAAUCUUGUUCCAAGAUAUAUCAGAGCAUCUUCGGGCCCAGAAGCAAAGAUUGCGCAUCGUCUGCAAGUGGCUCACUUUAAUCGAAUGGAAGACAUGGCCUUCUUCCGGAAUAUCACUGUCAAACUAAAUCAGCUCCAUACUAAUGUAUCUUCUAACCAAGUUACUGAGUGGUGGAUUAUUCGGGCAUGGAGCAAUGACUGUUUUGGUGAGAGCUGCAAGAACAUAGAGCUUGUUAUAUUGAACGACAAGGUCAGCCCUUCAAGUCUGGGAUUCCUAGCUGGAUAUGGGAUUGUAGGACUCUACAUGUCUGUGGUACUUGUAAUUGGAAAAUUUGUUCGAGAAUUUUUCAAUGGUAUCUCCCGUUCUAUCAUGUUUGAAGAACUUCCAAAUGUGGAUCGCAUCCUGAAGCUUUGCACAGACAUCUUUGUGGUAAGAGAAACAGGUGAGCUAGAACUUGAGGAACAACUGUUUGCAAAGCUGAUUUUCCUGUACAGAUCACCAGAAACCAUGAUUAUGUGGACACGAGAAAGAAAAGACUAAAAAAUGUAUCCGUUAACAUUAGCUGUGGUAGAAGCAGCUAAACCUCGCAGCAUAACCAGAAGUACAAUAUCAAGCAACUUCAGUUACAAAAAGUACUUAAGGACAAACUGAGGGAAGACAAAAAUUACAUGAAAGUGAGCUUUUAGCAUAAAGCUGUGACUAGUCAAUGACAGUAUUAACCUGCAGAGUAUUCAUAUUACAAACUGCAAUGAAAGGAAAACCAAAUGCAGAAAUGAAUGUGAGCUCUUCAGAAAAGCAAUCCCUGUGUUCCAGCAAGUAAUCUACUCUGCUCAAAAGAACAAGAACUUUUUUAUCAAGAUUAAGUUCUGCAGUAAGAACAAAAGGAGAUAAGGGACAGAAAUGAAAGUAAUUUGUCAUGGAAAUGCAAAAUCACAAUCAUAAAAGUGUGCCACUAUCUUGUUUUACACUGUCGUGAGAUGGUAACUCAUACUAGGAACAGAUAAGCAUGAAAAGCUUGCAAGUACCCAGUUCUGCUCUGAUGAUGACAUUAAAAAGCAACUAUGCAUCAGAAACAUGGACAUAUAUAACAAUACUUUGCUUAAACUCAGUUUUAACAAUGGUUCACUUAACAGAACUAUAUUCUUUUACUAAUGAAGCCAUGUCAAAGUAAGGUAAUAUAUUAAAGAUGGCACACAGCAAAAAAAAUGUGAAAUAAAAGCAAGAGGUGUUCUGGAGCCUCCUGAAAUAUUUAUAUUCUGUAGCAUUUAAAAAAGAGAGAUUAAAAAGGGCAUUAAAACAUAAGUCUUUGGAAUGAUAACUGUCAAAUGGCAUGAUGUUUAUGAAAAAAGUCUAUCUGCUGUAUUUCAAAAUAAUUUUAAUAAGAAAUGGUGGUCAGUAUUUUAUGUUGUAAAUAUUACAUUUCUCAGGAACCUGACAGAAAAAAAUAUCCAGGCUCUGUUUUUCAGAAUGGCACAA